AUGGAGGAGGAGGGCUGUGUCGUUACGAUUCCCACCUACUCCACCAAGCACGACGAGGGUGUAAAGGAUGGCUACACGGCAUACCACAUUGUGAUUAACUGGAAGGGAAGCGAGUGGCGCACUGCCGUCCGCUACUCCACUUUCCGCCAGCUCCAUGAUGCGGUCAAGCGACGCUUCCCCUCGAUACGCCUGCCCAAGCUUCCACCCAAGAAACUGAUGGGCAACGCCAGUGAGGAGUUCCUCGAGAAGCGGCGCGCCGAGCUGGAGACCUACCUCAGCGAGCUCCUCUCGGUGCCCAUCAUCCGGGCGAGCGAGGAGGUGAGCCGCACACUCGAGCUCUCCUCCACCAUCGACGUCGCCACUCUCAGCCCCCCCGCCACCGCACCUGCGCCCGCUCCGUCUUCUGAUGGCCGGGUCUCGGCCCCCGCUUCCUCGUCGAGCGCAGAGCCGUCGAGCGAACACAGCACGCACACCUCGUCUUAUGAUACCUCGUACAAGCGGGCGGUGGCACUCUACGACUUUGACGGAGACGCCUCGCAAAAUCAAAUGUCAUUCUACGUCGACGAAGUCCUCUACGUGCUGAGCCAGGAUGACCCCGAGCAGACGGGCUGGUGGUGGGGCGAAAAGGAGGACGGGACGCAGGGCUAUCUCCCCUGCGACUACAUUCGGUUCGAAGCAGAGCCUGAAGCGCCGCCACAGCCUGCGAGUGUGCCUCAACACGAAGACAACCAGGAAAAGCUGUCAUCUCCGAGUCUGCGAUCGCCACGUGGAGGCGGUAACAACGGACUCGUCCAGCCCAGCCCUCGGGCCAUGACACCACUCCCGUCGCCCUCCCAGGAGCGGCUGCACCCCGCCGCCGCUGUCGCCGCGUCGCACACGGCGAAGCCCGCCGGCGCGCCCAUCGGCGCCGUUGGCGGGCCAGCGCCGGUCAAUGUCCAGCGGCCUCGCCUCGAGGUGGGCAAUAAGAAGCCGCCGCCGCCGGUGCCCACGCGCGGCUCGUCCUUCCCCUCGCUCCCGGCAGUUCCGGGCGCAGGGGGCGGGCCUUCGCCAUCGACCUCUCCCGCAGCGGCCGCGCACAAGUUCGCCCAUUCUUUGGGCAACGCGCCACCCCACCAACCACACCAGUCCGCAUCGCCCGCAGCAGGCAACAAGGCUCCCACCGGUCCUCGCAGGAUGCCCGCUCCACCCCAGUACGGCGUAUCCCAGGAACAGCUCGCCAAUCGCAUACGCGAGGUUGGGGAUGGUCGACCGAGUCCGCCGCGCGCCCCGCUCGGCGGCCCGCGGCCCUACCAGCCAGGCCUCCCGCCCAGCGGCGCUGCCGGCGGGCACCCCAUGCCGGCCAUGCGACCCGCAAUUCCCCAGCGCCCGCGCGGCGAUGCGAGCGCCAUCAGCCCCGCCAACCGCUCGCAGGACGGCACCGACGCCGGCGCCGGAGAGGGCCACCACCAGCGACCAGCGUCACCGGCGGCGGCCACGCCGCAGGCGACGGCCGCGGAGAAGAGCCAUCGGCGGACGAUGAUCGCGACGGAGAUCCUCACGACCGAGCGGACCUACGUGGAGGGGCUGAAGUGGCUCAUCGACGAGUACAAGGCCGCCAUGCUCAAACUCACCACGGAGCCCAACACCGCCAUCACCGACGCCGUCAUCAAGAAGAUCUUCUCCAAUCUCGAGAUCAUCAAAAAUUUGAAUCAAAUGUUUGUCAACGAUUUGGAGAAGCGGAUGGAGGCCUGGGACACCGACAAGACCCUCGUCGGCGACCUCUUCAAGGGACUGGCUCCCUACCUCAAGAUGUACAAGGACUACAGCAACAAUUUUGAAACGGCCACGGAGACGUGCCAGCAGAUACGCGAGAACGGACUCGUCACCGUCGUUCUCGACACGGUCAAGCCCAAAUGUCAGAAUCUGACGAUAGAGGCGCUCCUGAUCACCCCCAUCCAGCGGCUGCCGCGCUACAACCUCCUCAUCCAGGACCUGCUUCGCAAUACGGCGGAAACGCAUCCGGACUACAACAACCUGGCGGACGCGCUGAAGUCGACCAAGGAGAUCGCCGACUACAUCAACGAGUCCAUCCGCCAGGCCGAGCAGUCGGCCAAGUUCCGCAACCUCGCCACGCAGGGCGAACAGUUCCGCCGCUUGCUGGAGGCGCACCGAACAUUGGUGGCCGAGGGGAAGGUGACGCUGGCCGAGCGCAAGUCCAAGAGCCAGUGGAUGCUGUGCCUCUUCAACGACAUCAUCGUGCCCGCCAAACUUCAACGAGGCGAAAUCAUCCCGCAGCUUACGGUGCCACUGCCACUGACGUGGCUACACACGGACGUGAAGGGCGUGAAGGAGCCAGCGUUCGAGAUCAUCACGCCCGAGCGCACGUUCGUGUUUGUGGUGGCCACGCCGCAAGAGCGGCUCAACUGGGCCGACAUGGAUAACACCAGGCGGCACGGCACAUAUUCGUAUUCGACGGGAGGCGAGUUCACCGGUCAAUGGCAGCUGGGCAAGCGGCAUGGUAGUGGACGUCUGGAGUACUUCAACGGUAACGUGUACGACGGGGCGUGGCAGGAGGACAUGCGACACGGCUACGGCACCCUGACCUACGCCACCGGCGAGGUCUACGAGGGCACCUGGGCCAACGACAAGAAGGACGGGCAGGGAACAAUGAAAUAUAUGAAUGGCGCGGGGUACACUGGCCAAUGGAAGGACGGCCUGCGUUCGGGCAACGGCACGAUCGCGUUCCCGAACGGGGACGUGUUCGAGGGCAAGUUCAUCGGAGACAAGGCGCACGGCAAGGGCAAGCUGCGCUACCACAACGGCAACACUUUCGAGGGCUUCUUCGAAGACGACCGAAAACACGGGCUGGGCACGUUCAAGUCGGCCGACGGCAGCCGGUCGUACCAGGGCAGCUGGGUCAACGGCCGCAAGGAGGGGAGCGGUCUGAUGGCCUACGGCGACGGGUCCACCUACCAGGGCAACUGGCACGACGACAAGCGGCACGGGCAGGGCAAGAUGACGGAGAAGGACGGGUCGGAGUACGUGGGCGACUGGGUGAAGGACGUGCGGGAGGGCAAGGGCACCCACGCCACCAGCUACGGCCACACCUACGAGGGCCAAUGGAAAGAAGACAAGCGCAAUGGGCAUGGCACGCUGGUGACGAAGGAGGGCCACCGGUACGAGGGAGAGUGGGUCAAUGGGCGACGGCAGGGCAAGGGUACCAUGGUCUAUGGCUCCGGCGACAAAUACGAGGGCGUCUGGCACCAAGACCGCCCGCACGGCAACGGAUUAUGGACGUCGGCCGACGGAAGCAAGUAUGAGGGCAAGUGGACGAAUGGCGCACGCGACGGCAAGUGCUCAGACGCGGCUUUUGUGGGCACGUGCAAGGAGAACACGGUCAUCGGGCACGGCGACAAGGUGUACGAGCUGGCUCCCUCCAUGCCCGACCUCAAUAUGCUAUAA